CAAAAAUACGGCGGUCGACCGCCCUAAACCGGGCGGCCUACAUGGGCAGCCAUGGAGGACCUGGAUCCAGGACUCCAGGGCUAUUCAGAGCCCCAGCGGGAGAACCGUUUCGACCCAAAACGACCCGACAGUGGUUCCGACUUUCACGACUUGCCGGAGCCAGAGCUCCCAAAGGGCCUGGGAAAGCGCUGCCUCAAGGCCUCCGUUGGUGCAGGUACCCUCAAGCGGCCGCAAGACGGACACGGUGUGGUGUUGCGAUGCAGGCCCUGUCCUGCUGAGUGGACGUCAUACUUGGACCCCCAAGGACUCUUGCGCUUCGACCUGGGGGACGGUGCCUGGCCUCAGUGGCUCCAUGCAGCCGUGAGGACCUUGCGGCUCUACGAGUGCGCAGAGUUCCAGGGCCCAGAGAUGGAACCAGUGCAGCUGACCUUGGUUGAGUGGCAGCUGCGCUGCGACCUCUUUGAGGAUGGCACCGCGAUCAAGAGUGUCUUGCAACGGCCAGAGGAUCGGCGGAGGCCUGUCAUCGGGCAGAUUUGUCGGGUUUCGCUCUCCUUGGAGCAGCUUGAGCCCAGGACACUGUUGUGGACCAGAGACUUGCAAUACGAGAUAGUGGAUCUUCCUCCUCCUGAAAGCGAACAUCGCUUCCACGGAGCGCCGCCGGAAGGCUGGAAGCUGCUGGACAAGGCGCUCUUGUCCAUGCGCCGCGGUGAGCGCAGCGAGGUGCGCUGCACGGGUCCUCGCUUGCACGAGGGCGUGGUGCCACUGCCGCUGCUGCCGCUGCCGGAGGGAGACGAACGACGGUGGCUUCUCACCAUGCUCUUGGAGGACUUCAUCGAGACCAGCGAUGCCUCCUUCGAGCAGGACCGCUCGGUGGUGCUGAAAUCCCUCCACAGCCGCGAUGCGAACAUGAGGUGCGAGGCCCUUGGCCGCUGCGAACUGCGGGUCGAGCCGGGCUAUCCAGGACCGCUCUGCGCGCUGUUGGGCACCGGCGAGCUGUGUGACGCCUUGGAGUGCUCGGUGCUGCGGAUGCGCGAGCACGACCUGGCGGAGGUCACGGCGGACGCCAAGCUUUGUGAUUGGCGAGGUGAGAAGUCGGAGUCGGUGACCUUUCAAGUGGAAGUGACCAGCUAUCUUCCGGGCGACUGGGAGCAUGCUCGCGGUGAUGAAGAGAAGUUGGAGGUCUUAGCGCGUCGAAAAGACGCGGCUGUGGGGCUCCUGAAGACUGGUCGCUAUGGCCUCGCUGCCUUUCACUUCCGCGAGAUCGCACUGCGCUUGGGAUACAUCGACGACUUCCGGGGGCUCAAGGCCGGCGAGGCGCGGGCCGCCCAAGUGCGGGAACUGAAAGAAGCAUGCUGGUUGAACCGAGCUCUUUGCUUGAUCAAGGCUUCAAACUUCAAGGGUGCCCAGGACGCCUGCGACCAGGCGCUCGAGUUCACCAGCGGCGAUCGCAGGGCCAAGGCCUACCUACGUCGAGCACAGGCAAAGUUAGGCUUGGAUGAUUGCGCUGCGGCACUCCAGGACUGCCUUUGCGUCGACGGCGAGUGUGCCAGAGAAGCGCAGCAGGUGGCCCUACAGGCCGCGCGGCGUCAGAAGCUCUUGGACGCUGAAGCCAAGCCCUUGGCGGCGAGGAUGUGUUCCGCCUUGGGGCAGCUACCACACCCUUUGGAUGUGGACUGAAAAGACGGGAUUUUUCUGCCGCUUGGGAAUGCCUCACGGGUCAUGUGACAUUGUUUAUUUGGUUUACUAGGAGCAUGGUUGCCAUUUCGUUACAUUUCGUCAGGUCAACUACCCAGAGUACACCAGAACGUUUUCCCCAUCUAGGAUUUCAGGAAUCCUCCAAGAGAAUUAUUAUCCUUUCAGCUCUGUUGUCGCUCCCCGAUGUUUUCGACCUCCAACGCCGACGGCAUCGAGGAGUCGAACGAACCUUCGGCAUAAAACGCACAAAAAACGCGCCAAAAGCCCAUUGCGUUGGCAGAAGCGGGUUGUGACUGAGGACGCGAAGAAACGAAGACCCGUGAAGACACGGAGAGACACGAAGACGCGAAGCAACGAAGACCCAUGAAGGCUUCAAGGUUUCAAGGCGUCAGUGCGUCUGCAGGGAUUCAAGGCUUAGCGGAAAGUCACCCGGGAUUGCCAACACACUGCAAAAGCCGCUUAAAGCAUGGAAGGGUCUUGUUUUCUGAGUUGUCUCAGCUCAUGUGUCGGGGGUUCUUUUGAGUGGGACGAGUCGGAACCUGAUCUACGUAUGGAGCUGAACUUGGGCCACGCAUCGAUUCGAUGGUCUCGGUACAUCUUUGUACAUCACCUACUUCCGGUGUUUCACUCAGGGCUCAUGGCCUUUCAUGCUUCGAGAGACAGAAUAUGGCCUGGGGAGAGAGAACACUAAGCUUUGGUCUUUGUUUGGAUCAGUCCCUUGGUUUUGAGCA